UCUGUACAGCCUUUCGGUGCUGUGACGUAGGACGCAAAUACGUCCAGCUUUAAGCACGUUUGGGUCCAGGAGCGCCAUUGGAAGUUUGAAGAGGGUUAAAUAUUUUUACGUUUAAAAAUUAAUAGCGAAUAAUAUUCACCUCAUGUCCUUAAACGCCAGUUAAGUUGUUAACUUACUAUUGACGGCCCGUUUCUGGUCACACUGACUGACCCAUCAUGUAUCGUCCAAAACCAACUCUGAAGGACCGACAGCACCUGUACAAGCUCAUCAUAAGCCAGCUGCUCUAUGAUGGAUACACCAACAUCGCCAACAGUCUCAUCAAUGAAGUCAAACCACAGAGUGUCGUGUCGCCCUCUGAGCAGCUGAUGCAGCUGGCAAAGAUAGGGAUGGAGAAUGACGACAGUGCAGUUCAGUAUGCCAUUGGGCGCUCUGAUACAGUGGCACCUGGUGUGGGUAUUGAUCUGGAAUUUGAUGCUGAUGUCCAGACCAUGUCUCCAGAGGCAUCAGAGUAUGAGACUUGCUAUGUAACAUCGCAUAAGGGUCCAUGCCGCGUCGCUUCAUACAGUCGUGAUGGCCAGCUGAUUGCCACUGGCUCUGCUGAUGCUUCCAUCAAGAUCCUGGAUACUGAACGCAUGCUGGCCAAGAGUGCCAUGCCUAUUGAGGUGAUGAUGAAUGAGACAGCACAGCAAAACAUGGAGAAUCACCCUGUGAUUCGAACACUGUAUGACCACGUAGAUGAAGUCACCUGCCUCGCCUUCCAUCCGACUGAACAGAUUCUAGCUUCUGGCUCAAGAGAUUACACCCUUAAACUCUUUGACUACUCAAAGCCUUCUGCAAAAAGAGCAUUUAAAUAUAUACAGGAAGCCGAAAUGCUCCGUUCAAUCUCCUUCCACCCAUCAGGUGACUUCCUGCUAGUGGGAACGCAGCACCCCACCCUCCGCCUUUACGACGUCAACACCUUCCAGUGCUUUGUGUCAUGCAACCCGCUGGACCAGCACACAGACACCAUCAGCGGCGUCAGCUACAACCCCACCGCCAACAGCUACGUCACCUGCAGCAAGGACGGCAGCAUCAAGCUGUGGGAUGGCGUCUCCAACCGCUGCGUAACCACAUUUGAGAAGGCCCACGACGGAGCCGAGGUCUGUUCUGCUAUCUUCUCGAAGAACUCCAAGUACAUCCUGUCCAGUGGCAAAGACUCCGUAGUCAAACUGUGGGAGAUAUCUACAGGCCGGACACUGGUCAAGUACACAGGUGCGGGGCUAAGCGGCCGUCAGAUGCAUCGUACACAGGGCGUGUUCAACCACACAGAGGACUACGUGCUGCUGCCAGAUGAGCGCACCAUCAGCCUGUGCUGCUGGGACUCACGCACGGCCGAGAGGAAAAACCUGCUGUCUCUGGGACACAACAACAUCGUCCGCUGCAUCGUCCACUCGCCCACCAAUCCUGGCUUCAUGACCUGCAGCGACGACUUCAGGGCUCGCUUCUGGUACCGCCGCACCACCACAGACUGAGACACAUCCAGACCCCACAUUUCUACUCUGCCUCCUCUCCCUUCCCACGCCUCCUUUCACUGAGAACGAAACAGAAUGCUGGACUCUGCUGUCUUUUCUUUAAUUUUGUUAGAGUAAUUAAGAAAAGAAAGUUGUCAUUGCACGAUCUUAAAGUAAAGAGUAAAGAGUGAGGGCACUAUUUCUCUAAAUGUCUUCUUUUUGAUAACAUUUUGUGAAUGAUAUACUGAACUUCUGUCCUAUUUAAUUGGAAGUCUGACCUUUAAAACUUCUUUCACUGCUUGGAAACUUCGGUUGUAAUUCUUCUCAUGCCUCACAUCUCUCAGUGGUGUGUUGUAAGUGGCAACAGAAUUGAUUUGUUGUCUUUUCCACUUAUAUAUUUUGUCUAUGUCCUUUGUUGUAAUUCAGAUUUGUAUUAAACAAUUAAAAGCAA